AUGCCUUUGAACCAGCCAGUAAUACGCAAAAGCGUGGGCCAGGAACCUGUCACGUCCGUCUUGCCUGAAGGCGACAUACCUUUCGAUCCCAAACAUGAAUGGAAUCAAGAUGAAGAGACACUGGCAGCACUAGGCUACAAGCCAGAAUUCAAACGUGAAUUCAAUCUCUGGACCACCUUUUGCGUCAGUUUCGCCGUGUUGGGUCUAUUGCCCAGUUUUGCUAGUACGUUGUAUUAUGGAAUGGGAUAUGCCGGGACCGCUGGCAUGACUUGGGGCUGGCUAGUCGCCAUGAUAGGGAUUCAGAGCGUCGCAGCCUCCAUGGCUGAACUCUGCUCUUCAAUGCCAACCUCAGGAGGCCUUUACUAUGCUUCGGCCGUGUUAGCGCCUCCAGGCUGGGGUCCCCUAGCCGCUUGGAUUACGGGCUGGUCCAACUGGAUGGGCCAAGUCACCGGCGCUCCAUCUGUCAACUACGGAACUGCCGCUAUGAUUCUAGCCGCAGCUUCCAUCGUCAACCCCUCAUUCGUGCCGCAAAACUACCAGGUCUAUCUCUUGACGGUGCUGUUGAUGAUCAUCCAUGCUUGUAUGGCUAGUCUGCCUACCAAGACCAUCGCAAGAGUCAACAGUUUUGGCAGCUCGUUCAAUAUCGUGGCCUUGAUUGUUGUACUGAUCCUUAUUCCUGCUGCUACGGAUAGAGAGGACAAGAACUUGCCUAGGUUCACACCAAGCAGCGAGGUUUGGGGCGAUAUCUACGCGGGCACGGCUUUCCCUCCUGGAGUCAGUAUCUUGAUGAGUUUUAUUGGUGUCAUCUGGACCAUGAGUGGCUACGACUCACCCUUCCAUCUAGCAGAGGAAUGCAGCAAUGCCGCUAUUGCCUCUCCUCGUGCAAUCUUCUUGACUUCAGCUGUGGGAGGCACCUUUGGCUGGUUCCUCCAACUCGUCGUCGCAUAUACCGUCGUCUCCAUCCCAGACGCUCUGUCUUCUGACCUCGGUCAGCCCUUUGCUGCCUACCUCGUCCAAGUGCUGCCACAGAAAUGCGUCCUCGCCGUCCUUGCCCUCACCAUCAUUGCCGGCUUCUUCAUGGGCCAAGGCUGCAUGAUCGCCGCGUCUAGAGUCACCUUUGCAUACGCCAGAGACGACUGUUUCCCGUUGAGCAACAUCUGGAAACGCGUCAACAAACACACGCAAACACCUGUAAAUGCAGUCUGGCUCAACACUGGCGUGGCAUGUCUAAUGCUGCUCCUCAUCUUCGGCGGUCCUCUAGCCGCAGGCGCUAUGUUUUCCAUCGGUGCCAUUGCCGCCUUUGUCGCUUUUACUACGCCCAUCUUUAUCCGUGUGUUCUUCGUCGGAAACAGAUUUCGCCCCGGCCCUUGGAAUCUAGGCAAGGCGUCUAUUCCGGUGGGUGUGGUUGCGUCCGCGUUCGUCAUCCUCAUGGUGCCCAUUUUGUGCUUGCCGUCAGUGGUUGGAAAGGAGUUGACCGCAAAGACUAUGAAUUGGACGUGUGUGGUUUACGGAGGGCCCAUGUUUAUGGUUUUGGUGUGGUGGGUCGUGAGUGCGAGAAAGUGGUUUAAGGGACCAAAGGUUAAUGUGCAACACAUGAUGUUGGGAAGAGAUGUUGAUGGGUCUGAUGUUCUGAUGGGUCAGGAGGUCGGCGGUGGGGAUGUGGAUGAAGGUAAAGUGGUUGUUGAUGGCAAAGCUGCCGAAGCUGCUAAAGCAUAG